AUGGAGAUAAUUACAGAAUUCAAGGAGCAAGGAUUGAAUACCGAAUUGUACAGCAAGAACAAAGACAGAGGGGAUACUUAUAGUAUUGUACCCACAAGUGCUAUCAGUGGUGAAGGCAUACCUGAGAUGUUGUUGCUACUUGUCCAAUGGGCUCAGAAGACAAUGAUUGAAAAACUUACAUACAGUAGUGAUAUUCAGUGUGCGGUAUUGGAGGUUAAAGUGAUAGAAGACCUUGGAACAACCACUGAUGUGGUUUUGGUUAAUGGUGUGCUUCAUGAAGGAGAUGAAAUUGUUGUUUGUGGCUUUCAGGUGUCAAUUCAUACAACAAUCCGAUCAUUGUUGACUCCUCACCUAAUGAAGGAACUCCGAGUAAAGGGAGCAUACAUUCAUCAUAAAGAAAUCAAAGCUGCACAAGGGAUUGAUUUACUUACUUCAUUUCAUAGACCCUUCUCUUUUACUGUCCCAUGUGGAAGAUUUCCCAAACAGAUUGAUUUGUGGUACGCUGCUGAUGGAGACACAAGAUGGAGAAGGAAACACGAAAUAAUUAAGGGAUAUGAAGGAGAACCUGAUAAUUCUGGAAAUUGUGAACAGAUCUUCUUAGAGCUAAUGAAAGUUCCACGUUCGGAAGCUAAACUCAUAGUUUACUCUUAUAAGUUGCAGUUUAAUAUGUUGGGUCGUGGUUAUAUCAGAUUAGCAGUUCUGAUUUGGUUGAAUCUGGUUAGGGUUUCUCGAGAAAAGAGAUGGAUUGCUGUUGGGCCUUCAAAACUCGUUCCUGCCCUCAAGGAGGGAACAACUAGUCCUGCUGCAUUCACCAGGGCAACGGUUGUUGUUGCGGUCAAGUAUUCAAUAGUUGAACGACCAGAGAAUAUCGAUGCGGUCCUCUACCCUGAAAUUUCCUCAUUUCUUAUGCUUAUCAAGGAUCAGGACCGGUUACCACUAAAAGCAAUCCAAAUCCUUUUGAUUAUGUCCCUGAGACAUAGUCACAGACCUUGA